AUGAACGAUUUUAAUCCAGUUAGAUCAAAACCAUGGAACAUGUACAACAGCUCGAAUGUGGCGGAUUAUGUGAUCAAGGAAGUUUGGUGGAGGAGUUUUGGGUCUUCUAUGAAUGCCAUUUCUUUUGGGUUUGUGACCAUGGCUAUCUUGAUCUCCAUGUUUCUCAUCAUGGCCAUAUUCGAGCGUUUGUUUAGACCCAUUGAUGAAGAAUCUGGUGGAAUGGAAUCCAGCCAAAUGCACAAACUUGGGACUCCAGAAAUAGACAAAUUCGAUGCUAUAUGUGGGGGCACUGACCCCACAUGCUUUUUCACCAUUGAUCUACACACUUCGACAAGGGUGAAAAAGCAUGUAGGGGCAGUACCGCCGCAUUUCCUGCGCAUAGAAGAAGAAGAACUUGAAGAACCAGUGUGUAAGGUGGGUAAGGUGAACCAGACCUGGCAGCAUCUAGGCGGUUCAAUUUCUAAAUUUCUUGAUCGGUUUGUGCUGGUGGAAUUUGAGAGGAACAAGAUGGUGGUGCUCGCAGCUUCCAUAAUAAGUAAAUCUGGCAAAGCACUUGUUUCGAGGCAGUUUGUUGACAUGUCCCGUAUACGCAUUGAGGGCUACCUUGCAGCUUUUCCCAAAUUGGUUGGAACAGGGAAACAACAUACUUACAUUGAGACAGAAAAUGUCCGUUAUGUGUAUCAGCCAAUAGAGUCCCUCUACCUCCUCCUUGUAACAAAUAAGCAGAGCAACAUUCUUGAGGAUUUGGAGACAUUGAGACUUCUCUCAAAACUUGUGCCUGAGUACUCUUAUUCCCUGGAUGAAGAAGGCAUUGGCAAGACAGCUUUCGAAAUCCUUUUUGCUUUCGAUGAAGUUAUAUCACUUGGACACAAAGAAAGUGUCACAGUUGCACAAGUCAAACAGUACUGUGAAAUGGAAAGUCAUGAAGAAAAAUUGCACAAGUUGGUCUUACAAAGCAAGAUCAAUGAAACCAAGGACGUCAUGAAGCGCAAGGCUAGUGAGAUUGAUAAAAGCAAGAUUGAGAAGAACAGGGGUGAGAAGGGAGGAUUUAUGUCUUUGCAAUCAAUGGGUUCUGGAAGAAUUGAUGCUGGGUUUGGGCCACUUGGCAGUGACAAUGGCAUAUCCAAUAGUGGUGGUUUUGGAAGUGGUUCUGGAUUCGGAAUAAGCACUGAAGUGGAUGUGUUCUCUAAGGCUAAAGGUCGUCCACCAGCAUCUGCUUCAGCUCCGCCAAAAGGUCUUGGUAUGCAGUUAGGGAAAACCCAAAGAACUAACCAAUUUUUGGAGUCUCUCAAAGCUGAAGGUGAAAUGAUCGUUGAAGAUGUGAGGCCUAGUAUUGGUCACUCCAGUGCUGCUGCUCCACCACCAACUGAUCCUGUUACGUUGACUGUUGAGGAGAAGCUUAAUGUGACAUUGAAGCAGGACGGUGGUAUUGGUAACUUUGAUUUACAGGGUAUUUUGUCACUUCAAAUCCUUAACCAAGAUGAUGGACACAUCCAAGUUCAGAUUGAAACUAGUGGGAAUCCAGGAAUAAUAUAUAAAACACAUCCCAAUAUUAACAAGGAAUUGUUCUCUGGUGAGAAUCUCUUGGGUCCCAAGGAUCCGAAUCGCCCGUUUCCUGCUGGCCAGUCUGGUGAUGGCCUUCCUUUGUUGAAGUGGAGAAUGCAAAGUGCAGAUGAGUCACUUGUGCCAUUGUCAAUUAAUUGCUGGCCUUCUGUUUCCGGAAAUGAGACCUAUGUGAAUUUGGAGUACGAAGCUCCACCUAUGUUUGAUCUUCAAAAUGUUGUGAUUUCAAUUCCUCUUCCUGCUCUUAGAGAGGCGCCAAGAGUACAGCAGAUUGAUGGGGAGUGGAGGUAUGAUUCCAGGAAGUCAAUAUUGGAAUGGUCUAUUGUACUGAUUGAUAACUCAAAUCGCAGUGGUUCAAUGGAGUUUGUUAUUCCUGCUAUAGACCCAUCUGAUCUUUUCCCAAUAUCCGUGCGCUUCACUUCUACCAGCACUUUUAGUGGCCUAAAGGUGGCUAAUAUUGUCCCACUGAAAGGAGGUAACCCACCCAAGUUUUCUCAGAGGACGCUGCUAUCUGCUGAGAACUACCAAGUUGUUUGAUUGUGGUUGUUAUAAUUUUGGAUGGCCUUUUUUUUUUUAUUUUUAUUUUUUUUGCUUAUGUUGUU